UGUCUGAAUAUUUUUACCAUUAAAAGUAAAGGAAAGGAAAAGUAUCAGUGGAUCACUUAAAAAAAUAAAACAGAUUAUAUUUCUCGUUGCAAAUUGCUGGCGGGGUGGCUUUCUAUUGAUUGCUGCUAUUUUGAGGAUAAGGACAAGACCAUCCCAUCCUUCCCAAAUCAGGAAAGUCCUCUGUGCAGCCCUAGUCUUUCCUUCCUCUUUCUCUCUACUUCAUUUUUUUAUCCUCUCAUCCAUUCCUCCAUAACUCAUGGAAUCCACUCCUGUUUCCAAUGAACGUCUUGAUUUUGGAAAGAUGGGUUACGGAUGCCAACAUUACAGGAGAAGGUGCCAGAUUCGAGCUCCAUGUUGCAACGAGAUUUUCACUUGUCGCCACUGUCACAACGAGGCCACGAAUAUGUUGAAGAACUUCUGCGAUCGUCAUGAGAUCAAUCGAUAUGAUGUCAAACAAGUUAUAUGUGCAGUUUGUGACACAGAACAGCCAGUUGCUCAAGUUUGCACGAACUGUGGUGUAACUAUGGGGGAAUAUUUCUGCAAAAUUUGCAAAUUCUUUGAUGAUGAUACCGCAAAAGGACUGUUCCAUUGUGAUGAUUGUGGGAUCUGUAGAGUUGGUGGUCGCGAAAAUUAUUAUCACUGCAAGAAGUGUGGUUCUUGCUAUGCAACAUCUCUUCUUGAUAAUCAUUUGUGUGUGGAGAACUCUAUGUGUCAUCAUUGCCCCAUAUGUUAUGAGGUUUAUUUAUUUGAUUCACUAAAAGAAACUAAUGUAAUGAAAUGCGGGCACACUAUGCAUGGUGAAUGCUACGAUGAGAUGAUAAAGCGUGACAAAUACUGCUGUCCCAUAUGCUCCAAGUCUAUAAUUGACAUGUCUAAAACCUGGAAGAGAAUAGAUGAGGAGAUAGAAGCAACUGUCAUGCCUGAGGAUUACAGCCACAGGAAGGUCUGGAUCCUAUGUGACGACUGCAACGACACUACCGAAGUUUAUUUCCACAUAGUCGGGCAGAAAUGCAGCCACUGCAAAUCAUACAAUACCCGAACAAUUGCACCUCCAGUUCUACCUCAAUGAAUAGGUUUGGCAAAAUGCAUCCAGCCUCGUAGGAGCAUUGGUUGCUUGCAUGUGAACCAUGCUGGAUAUUUUUACGUGUAUUAGACCAUUUUGAAUGCUGGCUAAUUGUUUACUAAUUCUGUUCUAUUGCAAAACGAUUCAGAAGUGGCCUCUGGGUGCCUCAGAAACUUCUCUCAGGUUAUUCUUCCUCCAAUAUUGGGAGUCGAAACCCAGUUAUUGAGUCUCUGGGUUCUUGUAAACUUCUCUUUAUACACAAACAAACCAAAACAAUGGUUCCUGUUAUGUACUCCUUCUGAUUAUGUCA